AUGUCGGGCGCGGCGGUGGUGCUGGCGUGCGCGCUGCUGGCGGGCGCGGGGCGCGCGGGGGGCGCGGCGGGGGCGCGCCGCUCGCGGUACGGCUUCUACCGCACCAUGGCGGCGGAGCAGCGCUGGGCCGACGAGGGCGCGGCGGCGAGCCAGUCGCGGCGCGUGUUCGGCGGCGAGGCGACGCCGCUGGCCACGUUCCCGGCGGCGUGCGUGCUGCUGGACCGCUACUGGUCGGCGCGCUGCUCGGCCGCCGUGGUGUCGCCGCGCUGGGCGCUCACGGCCGCGCACUGCGUGUCCCCGCACAUCGCCUACGUGAAGUACAACGCGCGCCGCCCCGCGUCGCAGGAAGGCGAGCUGACGCCCGUGCACUACCUGUACCGGCACCCCGGGUACAAGGUGGUGCAGGAGGACGAGGGCCGCGGCGUCGACGUGACGCUGCUGCACCACGACGUCGGCCUGGUGCGCACGCGCAACGACAUGCAGCUGGCCACUAGCCCCAAGCUCGACCCCAUGCACGCCAUGCGGCUCUACAACCCGAUGGAGCUGAAGAACGAGGAAGUGCAGGUGCUGGGCUACGGGCGCACGGAGAAGUCGCUGCUGGGCGAGGAGCUGUUCGAGGUGCGGCUGCGGCUGGUGCCGUGUGAGCGCGGCGCGUGGUUCCACUGCGUGUGCGGCCUGGGCGCGGCCGGCGGGGGCGCGGCUGGCGGGGGCGCGGGCGGCGGGGGCGCGGGCGCGCGGGGCGUGUGCUCGGGGGACUCGGGCGGCCCCGUGCUGUACCGCGGCGCGCAGGUGGGCGUCACUUCCAUGGGGCCGCUGGAGUGCGCGUCGAGCCACGCGGUCCCGGCAGAGGGCGCCACCAGCGUCUUCACGUCGCUCUACAACUACGCGGACCUGGUGAACGCCACCAUCCACGACACAGAGACGGCGCUGCGCAUGCGCAAGAUGGACGGCAGCGCGCCGAGCACGAGUCGCGCCGCCGCACCGGUCGUGCUGGCUGCACUCACGUCUGUCCGUAUAAUAAACCAUGUUUUGAGAUGA